AUGUCUUACAUAAUCUAUUUUUUCAUUUUAAUUAUCUCCUCAAUUCACGCUCAACCACCAUCAUUAACAUCGCAAUCACUUUGUGUUCAAUAUUAUCCGAACAAUGACCAAUCUUCUCAAUGCGAAUGUGAUGACAUCGACAUCAACCGUUUGUCAUUGAAGUGUCUCGGCCAUUCCUAUGUUCCUCAUUUUCUCCCACAUAUUCAUUACGAUCGUAUUGAUUUAGAAUCUUGUGCGCAAGAUCUACAAAUUGGAGAUAAAACAUUCGCGGAUUUGAAUAUCAAUACCUUAGCUUUACGUCAUUGUAAUCUGCUCAGUCUGAGCGAAGAAUCAUUUGCUAAAAUCAAUCAUUUAGAGAAGUUUUCCAUUGAGAACUCGACCAUCGUCUCUCUCUCAACAUCGACUGGUAAUUUUCAAGAAGUUUUCCAAUCCGAUUCGUUUCGUACAUUAAAAUCUUUAAUCUUGAAAAACGUUCAUUACCAUCAAACACAUAAACACGAUAAGAAACUCAAUCUUGAAAAACUAUUAACACAAUUACCGCAACUGAAUCGUCUCGAAUUGACAAAUAUUUAUCUUGAUAAUUAUCGCUAUGAAAAUCUAACAAACAUCGGUCGAAACUUAACUUAUUUAAAACUUAUCAAUACACAUCAAACAAGUUUAGUACCCAUCGAACAUUUACCAUCCCUCGAACGACUAAUUCUCAUUCAUUUACCUCAAAUAUUUCACACUCAACCGUUGAUCGCAUCGAUUAAAUUCCUCAAAAAACUCAAAUACAUAUUCUUCGCACAAAACCAAUUGAAAAACCUCGAUGAUCUUCAAUCGAAGACCAUUGACCAAAUCGAUCUCUCAUCAAACCUAAUCGAAUCAAUCGAUGAAUACACUUUCGAACAUAUUCCCAAACUUCGAACAUUAACAUUGACGAAAAAUCCUCUUCGUUCAAUUGAUAAAAACGCAUUUUGUGGCAUUGACAAUCUGACACUCUUAUACAUCAACAAUGAACAUUCAAGUCAGAUCUCACCGUUAGAUAAUUGUCUUUUAUUAUCCCAUGCACAAUUGGAUAUCAAACAAGACAGUCAAACGAAAUUACAAUGUAAUUGUCCAUUGAUGCAUGUGUUUCGCUUGAAACGUAAACAUUCACGAGAUAUCAAUAACUUAUUCAAACCCAAUCAUGCUUGUGUGGUCACAAAUACGACGUUGGAACAAGCGAAAAAUCCUUACCAGUUGCAGCAUCAUUUGAAUUUACCGAUUUAUAUAUAUGAGCUGGAAAAUUACUUGAACUGUUCGUAUACAGAUGAUUCUUGCGAUCGUCACUGUCAAGACAGACGGGUGAAAUCAACAACAAUAUCACCGAUAAAAGUACAUAAAACAAGUAUUGAUGUUCAGAGCAAAAAUACAUCUGUAUCCCCGUCUUUAUAUUCAUUUUUUUCAUAUACAUUGUGUCUGUUGUUAUUUGCUAUUCGGUAUUUGUAA